AGCAGGCCCCGCGGCUCGCUGGAAGUGACGUUUGGUGGUAUCCGGUGCGGCCAUGGCGGACUCCACGCAGAACGGGCGCAUGCCGGGCGGGGCCGGCGGCGGAGCUGUGCAAUUUCUGAUGGCUAACAAGUUGGAUACAGCAAUGUGGAUUUCCCGCUUGUUCACAGUUUACUGCUCAGCUUUAUUUGUCCUGCCUCUUCUAGGGUUGCAUGAAGCAGCGAGCUUUUAUCAGCGUGCCUUGCUGGCAAAUGCUCUUACUAGUGCCCUCCGACUACACCAAAGGCUACCCCACUUUCAGCUUAGCAGGGCAUUUCUGGCCCAGGCUUUGCUGGAGGACAGCUGCCACUACCUGUUGUACUCUCUUAUCUUUGUGAAUUCCUAUCCUGUUACAAUGAGUAUUUUUCCAGUUCUGCUGUUCUCUUUGCUUCAUGCUGCUACAUAUACAAAGAAGGUUCUUGAUGCACGAAGUUCAAACAGCCUGCCCUUUCUGAGAAAUAUUUUGGAGAAACUGAAUGCUAAUCAACAGAAUAUUCUGAAAUUCAUUGCUUGCAAUGAAAUUUUCCUGAUGCCAGCUACAGUUUUUAUGCUCUUCAGUGGGCAAGGGAGUCUGCUCCAGCCAUUCAUUUACUAUAGAUUUCUUACAUUACGCUACUCCUCUCGGCGAAAUCCAUACUGUCGGACUCUCUUCACCGAGCUGAGGAUUGUUGUUGAACACUUAAUAAUGAAGCCCUCGUGCCCUGUUUUUGUAAGAAGACUAUGCCUCAGCAGCAUUUCCUUUAUAAGUAGAUUGGCACCAACUGUUGCAUAGCCAAAUUUCAGGCACUUGUGUCUUGUGAACAUUAUGAGCAGCUGGCACUUCUGCUGAUGAUUAAAAAUUCCUGGUUUUACACUGAUCUUACUCCAGGCUGUAUAAAAAUGUGUAUAUGCUUUUCUGGAGAUAAUAUGAAAUUUAGCAUAUCAAAAGCAAGUCAUGGAAACUUAAAAUUACUGUGCUGUAUUGCUAAUUGGUGAAAAAAGUAGCUGCAUUCUAUCUAAAACAUGCCCAGUCAUACAGAAUUGGGUUUUUUUAGGAAUCGAGAGUUGUUUGAGGCUGAUUAAAUCUUUAAGGUCUGUACUCAGUAGGUUUAUGUUAGUUGGAACUAUAGCUGCUAUAGGAUGUCUCCAGUGGAUAGCAGUUGGUACACAUAACUAUGCAGUACGUUUUGGACAGUAUUCUUCUGCUUACUAAAUAUGUCUGUAGAACCAUUUCAUCUACAUUACUCAGUGUAAAAUUACGACCCACUUUGAAUUUAACAAAAGGGAUUAAAAUCUAUGAAGCUGACAUAGUUAACACCUUUUCUGAAGGAGAGGCUAUUUUUAUUAAUACUACUUAAAAAGAACUUUUCCAAGUUUCUACCUUGUGACAGUCUUAUGUUGUUGGAAGAAGUCUCAAGACUGAUCACAGAAAACUCUGCAGUUGUCUUAUAACAAAAUGUUUUACCAAGCCAAAUUGCUGACCUGUAGGCUUUUCAGACAAAGAUGCAAUGCUUAAACUUUUACCCAUCUCUUAAAUGGACUAAUCAAUGUAAACGAAGUAACUUUUGCAGAACCAUUGCAGAUUUGUUCUUGUGUCUACACAAAUGUGAGACUGCAGUAAUUCAAGCAUGUCAGCUUUUUAGAAAAUUAAUCUGUAGCUAGCUCUAUAUAAAUUGUUAUUCCAGUUUCUGAGACUCUCAUUGUGAUGGGAAAUUUGCAUAAAGGAUUGCACCUGUUUAGGCAGCUUCUGAAACAAAUUGGUGUAGGAUUUCUUGGCAUAAAUCCAUCCGAUGACUGAUCUGAAGCCAGUGUCAUGACUACAGACGUGAUUAUUAACUUGAGUGCUGAUUAUGCAUUCACCCAGCAGCCGAAAGGUAGGUAAGUGGGGGGAAAAAAACCUAAAUAUCAUCUGUCUGACCACAGUUUCUGUCUGACCACAGUUUCUUUCCAUAAAUUCAGGGCAAAGUAUUUGCCAACUGUUGUGUAGUUAAUGUUAGUAUUCUAAUUGCAUAAAAUUAAAUGGGUUUCAUUGGCCUUUUUUAAACUCCUAUAGCACUGUAUUUAACUAUUCUUUCUUGUUCAGAGAAAUCUUGUGUAAAACACUUUUGAAAACAGUCUUGAAGCAAAGUAUUUUUCUGUAACUACUGAAUUAUCUUGUUUGUGAUGUGGUUAUCAUUCAGACUUUCCAGUUGUAUUAGUUUGUUAGAUCAGAGCCAUGUAUUUGUAGACGACUUUGGUUUUUGCUUAACCUCUUGGUACUGACAAACCCAUUGGUAAUUGAAUAUGAUAUUCUUUGACUACUUGUCUUGCUCUCUGAACAUGAUUAGCUAUUUGUAGAACACUUGCACACUGCAGAAGCAACUGCAUGCAGUAAUGCUCUACAGCUGCUAAAGACUUGCAAUGAGAUUCACUAUAUGUAUAUCCUGUAAUUUGAGGAUUUUAUAAAAACUAAAAUUUCUACUGCAAUAAAAGGAGUGUUAAAUGUAAUUUGCCAAGCUCUUCAAGCUUAUUUUCUUUCUAACAGAAUGUACUGAUGCUUGAACCUGGAAGUUGAGCAGAAUGCUGUCCUGUGUGUAUGUGUGCAUGUUCUUAUAUUCCCUGCUGCUUCUGUAUUGGGACACAAUGUCUUGUGCAUUUUUAAAUUAUUUUAUAGGGAAUUUUGUCUUCUAAAGUGUGAAAAUUUAUGACCCUUUCCUUCAAAAUUUAACCCGAGAAUAAGCAUAGCAACAAUGGUGUCUAAUCAGAGCAGAAAUCUAGACCUACUUAUUACCGUUUCAAUUCUUCAGCACUUUCUAGACCUUCUUUGUGUUACAUGGUAAGUUUUUUUGAGUGGUGAUGUCAGACUAUUCAGCUUUUUGCACCACUGUGAUUUAAAAAUUAAUGUGAUCAUCUAAAUUGGUCCCCUCUACUGGGAGUUGAAGGCAAAUAAAUACUUUUGUAAUGAAAGCAAUACAUGUUAUUUCUGAGCAAAUUUUUGUGGUCUAAGACUGCUGUUAAGGGUGCAGUCUACUGUUUCUUUAAUUGUAUGCUGUUAUUAAAUGAGAGGAGUCUAAAUUGGAUCUGAUGUAUUGCAACUGUAACUGAAGGAUGCUAAGUCUGAGAUCCAACUCUAUAAAUUCACAAGGAAGAUUAAAAGGAAUAUGUGAAUGAGAUUUCAGUAAGUAGAGACUUGGAAGACAGUGCCAUGAAGUAGAACUUGGGUGUGCAUACUGAAUUUCUUGUUAACUCUAAUGGGUCAAGAGGAGAAUGUAGGUUUGAUUUGGCUACUAGUGUAUUUUUGGCUUUGCAUGGAGUUGCUUGACAAAUAAGGCCUGGAUUUUACUCGUGGCCUGGUAAAACUUAACUCUCUGAUGUGCCAAGAAAACAUGGAGCAAAGGGAUAAGAAUAACUUCCAAGCAAGGUAAAUAGGGCGAAUGACCUGCACUCUGCAUCAACUUUGAUUUUUACUGCAGCCUUUAGGCUGCUUAAGUGAUAACACCAAGUUUUCUCAGCGCUGGCAAAAACAUUCUGUCCUUGUGCCUGCUUCCUUACCACAGUUUGACUGUUUCUCUACUAACAAACAAACACCUGAAAUUCUGGUUGUGUCCUGAUAACUUGAGAUUUUUCUGGGGAAAAGAACUAUAUAUAUGUUCAUGUUGCUGUGCUGUCAACACCUAGCAGUGAUGCAGAGGCUGUAACAGAAGUCUGUGGUAGCAGAGAUAUUUUGCAACUGACCAGAAAAUGCCUCCCAACCCCAAAUGUGAAGCAGAAGAGUUUUUGUGCUACUAAAAGGUUACCUACCUAAUGUGGCAACUGUUUCCACUGGUAGAAAUCAUGCUGGUCGUUGGUUUUUUUUUUUUUGUCUAAGCUUUCAUAGGUUAAAGUGCUUUUGCAGAUAUUCUGUGGGUAGACCUACCCCUUGCUGUGCACAAGCUUGCUAUAGGAGUGAUGCUUCAGCAUAAGACUUGUCUGUUCUCCCCUGCAGAUAAAUAAAGCAUCAGGACCCACUGGGUCUGUUGGAGCAGCUAAUGCCAGCUGGGAUUUCUUACAGAGCAAUUCACUAGUGCAUCCAUCCUUUCCUUUAUUGUCUUUAAUUUUAUACUUCUAUUGUCAUUUUUGUGCUGUCAGUUUUAUGUUUUGCUCCCUUUGAUGGGUGUUCAAGGGGAGCACUAUCUGCUAAUGUUUUAAUUUACAUGUUUUAAGGAUUUUUAAUUUAUUAUAAUCAUGAGCCACUAUUUCUUCCAACAGUUUCUGAGCUGUUAACUAUGUAUGUGAUAGUACUGUCCAAACAAAUAAUGCAGCUGUUUAUUUUGCACGAUCUGUGUUGAACUUUUUUAUUUGUUAGGCACCUGUAUUGCAACAUUUGCUGUACAGACCCCUUAUUAACUAAGGAAGUACAGUUCUUGCCCAUUUUACAGACUGGAACUGAGACAUGGAAGGGAAGAGCGUAGCCUGAGGUGAUGCAAGAGCUCUGGCAGAGCAGGAAAUCAAAAAGAGUUGGACAAGCAUCUGGGGGAACUGUGAUUUGUUUCUACACCA